CGAUUGAAGACUCAAGUCAGGACCUAGAGUAUCAUCCUCAGAGACCACCUCACCACGGAGGACACCCACCGAGACCUCCUGCUAAUGCCCGCCCCCCUCACCAGCCGAGACCACCGCAGGGGGCCAAUCAGACGCAGCCCCGCCCCCCUCACCAGCCGAGACCACCGCAGGGGGCCAAUCAGACGCAGCCCCGCCCCCCUCACCAGCCGAGACCACCUCAGGAAGCCAAUCAGACACAACCCCGCCCCCCUCACCAGCCUACACCACCACAGGGGGCCAAUCAGACGCAGCCCCGCCCCCCUCACCAGCCGAGACCACCUCAGGAAACUAAUCAGACACAGCCCCGCCCCCCUCAUCAGCCAAGACCACCUCAGGAAACCAAUCAGACACAGCCCCGCCCCCCUCACCAGCCAAGACCACCUCAGGGAACCAAUGAGACACAGCCCCGCCCCCCUCACCAGCCUACACCACCACAGGGGGCCAAUCAGACGCAGCCCCGCCCCCCUCACCAGCCGAGACCACCUCAGGGAGCCAAUCAGACGCAGCCCCGCCCCCCUCACCAGCCGAGACCACCUCAGGAAACCAAUCAGACACAGCCCCGCCCCCCUAACCAGCCAAGACCACCUCAGGAAACCAAUCAGACGCAGCCCCGCCCCCCUCACCAGCCGAGACCACCUCAGGGGGCCAAUCAGACACAGCCCC